UGCAUGGCAUCUUCCACACAUCCCAGAGCACAUAUCCUUCCGUACAUCAUGGCUUCCAUUUCUCUCCCAAAACAUUCAAUCCCCUUACUUCCAACACCAACUCACAAGAACUCAUAUCCCCAAAUCAUCCCAAUCCUCUCAAGAUCAUCACAUUCCGAAAUCUACGGUCUCAAACUCUCCUCAGUCCCCACUUCCCCACCGCCCUCUUCUACUACUUUGAGGACCCACAUUUUUGCAAAGGUUUCGAAAGGCAGUGUCCCACCAUCAUUUACAUUAAAAGACCAAGAUGGGAAGAAUGUGAGCCUGACCAGGUUCAAAGGCAAGCCUGUUGUCGUUUAUUUCUAUCCAGCCGAUGAGACGCCGGGGUGCACCAAACAGGCAUGUGCUUUCAGGGACUCUUAUGAGAAGUUUAAGAAAGCAGGAGCUGAAGUUGUUGGCAUUAGUGGUGAUGACCCUUCAUCUCACAAGUCAUUUUCUAAGAAGUACAAGCUGCCAUUCACUCUAUUGAGUGAUGAAGGGAACAAGAUCAGGAAAGAGUGGGGGGUCCCAUCUGAUCUGUUUGGGACCCUGCCCGGAAGACAGACUUAUGUCCUUGAUAGGAAUGGUGUGGUCCAGCUCAUCUACAACAAUCAGUUCCAGCCAGAGAAGCAUGUAGAUGAGACCUUGAAGCUACUUCAAAGCCUCUAGAAGUCAUUCUAUUUUGGAUUUUUACCUCCCUCUUUUUUCUCUUUUGGUAUACUAUUUCUCUAUUCAAAUGAGAAAAUGAGCGGUUGUGAUUUAUUUGUCUUUAUUCAUGUUGUUGUACGUAGGUAGUAUGAUGACUAUGAUCAUACAUGAUCAUGAUGAUGGUAUCGUUGAUUUAUAUGUAUAUGGUGCUCGAUCACGGAAUGAUGGAGGUGUGCCCCACCUUUUCGGUGA